GCCGUGCAGCUGCGUAAGAGUCAAAUAAACAUCAUGCUCAAAGCCCACAGCAAAAAUGAGACUGGCGGUGGGGUGGAGGGGCGAAGGGUGAGAGUGUUUGUGUGGCACACACACACACAUGGAUGAGAGAAACAGACGGAGAGCAGGGUAGAAAGAGACAGAGUGAGAGAGGCUCCAGUAUGUUCGUUUCACCUCCUAAUCAGUUUUGCAGGGGGAUCUAUUGGUGACUGCAGCAAAUAAGGAGACUCAGAAGAAAAUCUUCAAUUACACCUUAAACAACAAACAAAAAUGGACACCCCUCUUGCUACCCCUUGCAACAUUCAAAUAUGUGAGGUGACAUGCGAUUCGUUUCGCAUCGUGUGGGACAUGACUCCCGAGGACACAGCCAGAGCCACACACUUCUUCAUUGACCUGAGCCGCAAAGAAUGCAGGGAUCCCAACCGCUUUAAACACAGGGAUGUGCCAACCAAACUAGUGGCGAAGGCUGUGCCCCUGCCCAUGGCGGUGAGGGGCCACUGGUUCCUCAGCCCCUGCACGGAAUAUUGUGUCGCCGUGCAGACUGCGGUUCGACAGCCCGAUGGCGAAUACUUGGUGUCAGAGUGGAGCCAAGUGGUGGAGUUCUGCACAGGAGACUACGCCAUAGAACACCUUCAGCAGCUUCUCGACAAGGCCAAAGGCUCUGCGGGAAGGCUUUUGAAAUUCUCUGUGUUUUAUCGCAAUCAGCAUCCAGAUUACUUUGACUGCGUCAGAAAGGAGUUUGCAGGUCUGAUGCAUCCUGCCCUUAAAGACACGAGUGGGAGUCAUGGUUCUCCUAUAAAUGGCAAACUGCAGGGAGUCUUCUUUAGCUGCAACACUGAGUUCGAUACAGGACUCCCCCCCAAAGACUCUCCCUAUGGCCCCCUGCGCUUCCAAAUCCCAGCUGGACACCUGCUCAACCCUAACAUCUCCCUGUACUUUGCUGACUUCUACUGCAUGUACACAGCCUACCACUAUGUGGUUUUGGUGCUUGCCCCUGUGGGAACGGAAGGAGACCAUUUCUGCAGAAGCCGCCUCCCCAUGCUGGACUUGGCCAGCAACCCCUUCUUAACAUACACCGCCCCCCAGAGGCCGGGGGAGGAGCCGCACUACUGCCAUGCCAGUGAUGUCAUCCUUGAGGUGCUUUUCACAGAGCCGGUCAGUUUGGAUCAAGGUACCGUGGAGCUAAUCAGUGGUCACCACCAGCUCAUGAGUUUGACAACGGCCAAUGCCAAGAAAGAUCCCAGCUGCAAAGUAUGCAACAUCAGCGUAGGCCGCUGAGCCACAUGAUGAUUUAGGACGGGCCGGGGGACAGCCGAGCGUCUCAGGCUGAAAGACAUGAAGCUUGUCGCGUGUUGGCCAAAGGCCAGAGGAAAACACCUGCUUCCCAGAGGUGUGCAUGCCGUUUUCGCUUCUCCCUCCCUCCUAGUCUAGAGUAGGUGUGUCCAAUUGAAGUCAAUCUCAUGAGCAACUAGAAACGGAACAUUUUAUUGACAUUCACCAGACUAAACAAAGUUAUCCGUGAUCCCUGGUUUCUUGAUGGUGUUUUUGUUUUAUUAAUUUAUUUUUUAGCUGGUGUCAUAUUGGUUGCAGUCACACAGCAGCCACAUUUAUAGGGAUUCAAAAUUGGAAAAGAAAGAAAAACAAUAAAUACUAUGGUGGCAAAAUGGCCCUCUAGUUUCACAUCUGCAUCAUAGUUCUGGCCUUUGGAGUUUGAAUGUUAGCCAUGACCUUCCUAUGUGGAGUUAGCAUGUUUCCCAGUGCCAGUGUCAAUUUUUCCAGGUACUCAAGCUUCCUCCCACGCUCCCCAAAUAGACAUGUUAGGUUUGCUGAAAACUCUGAAUUGUCCAUAGGUGUGACUGUGCAUGUGAAAGGUUGUCUGCAGUGUACAUGUACAUGUACAUGUGCAGCUAGCUCGGAUUGGCUCUCGCUCAUCCAUUCCCCUCAUGAGAACGAGCACUACAGAAAAUGGAUGGGUGGAAUAAAUAGCCACAAUUGUAAUUUUGCAUAGCAACGGACGCUUUGACAACAUUGGCUCCCCUGUUUUGACCGUCCCCUAUCACUUCACUCUC